CUAGCAAAAGUAUGAAUAUUUGAAUGGCUACAAUCUAGAGGCAAGACACAGUGCCCCUGAUCCCUUGGGCAAGGAAGACAGCAGAGUUGGGGCCUGGAGGAAGGCACUGAAACAGACAGGGAAAUGGGUUUGGCCAAGAUGGGGAUGGAAGUAGAAUCCCAGCUUGCCUGGAAGGAGACAGCCUGCUCUGGGGCUGAGUGAUGGAAAACCAGGUGUCAAUUAGCACAGUGACCAUUGUUCCUGCUUCAAUCAGGAUAAUAGGGAGCAGCUCCUGUCACAAUCUCCCGAUAAAUGGAGAAGCUGGUGGAGUAGAGGAGACUUGAUUGAGAGAAGGAAGAUUUGGAUGUGGUAGGACGUGUGGAAGAACUGAGAACAAAGAGUAACAGCCCCCUGCCUUGGAUGCCCAGCCUAGGGAGGGAGGGAGCCAGCAGGGCCAUGGAGAGAUUUGUUUGUUUCCCCUAUAGCGUGUAUCAGGGGUAUGGAAACCCACUGGCUUUGAACAGGCCUAGCCACCCCAAGCAGAAGCAGCCCGGGCCCCCCGCUUUCCUGGUGGGCCCGGGGCAGGUGCCGCCCAACCCGGCCGACUACCUAGACAGUUACAAGAGGGCGCAACUCAAGGCCAUCUUGUCCCAGGUGAAUCCCAACAUGAGUCUGCGACUGUGCAAAGCGAACACUAAAGACAUAGGGGUGCAGGUGAGUCCGAGGACAGAUAAAUUCAUCCAGUGCUCACUGGGGCCGCGGACCCUGCGUAGCAGCUCCGCCAGCGAAGGCAGCAUCAACGCUGGCCUCCCCACGAGAGGCUUCUAUUCCCCGGUGCUCGGUCGAGGGCUCCUAAUCCGCCUGGGCAAGCAAGAAGGCCAGGGCAAAGAGAAGGCGUCCUUCGAGGGGUUUGAGUCCAGCCCACAGCAGCCCUCUUCACCAGAGUCAGAAGGGAACCGGGAGGCAGAGGAACAGCCACAGCUGCUGUCAGAGAAGUCCCUGGAGGAGGGGGCUGGAUUGGCUGCUUCCCCGGAGCAGGAGACCCAACAUGGGGAGGUAGAGCAUCAGGAGGGAACUACUCUCCUCAAGAAGCCCACUUUCCAGUUUUUGGAACAAAAGUAUGGCUACUUUCACUGUAAAGACUGCAAGACCAGGUGGGAGAGUGCUUAUGUCUGGUGUAUUUCUGGGAGUAAUAAGGUUUAUUUUAAACAACUCUGUCGCAAGUGCCAAAAGAGCUUUAACCCUUACCGAGUGGAAGGGAUCCAGUGUCAGACUUGUUCAAAGUCUCGAUGCUCCUGUCCUCAGAAGAAAAGACACAUUGACCUAAAGAGGCCUCACCGACAGGAACUCUGUGGCCGAUGCAAAGACAAGAGACUCUCCUGUGAUAAUAUUUACAGCUUUAAGUACAUUGUCUGAGGAGCAGUGGGGCUGCUGAAGGGAUCCCACAGUUCCUUUGGUUGUAUUUUGUCUCUUCUUUUGUAACUUGGCUUUGACCUGGCAUUGGAAAAUGGAUUAGACUUUUGUACUUUUUGUAAAAUUUGUGACAUGAUGAUUGAACAGUAUAAGUAGAAUAAAACUGACUCAUAAAAUUCAUGGCAAAGGCAUGUUCAGUGUGGUGAUCAUGGGGCAUAAUCAGUGAAGUAGAACAUCAUGAGGAAUGUUAUGUCCAUGAUAGUAUUGAAAACUACUGUUGGUUGAGUUUAUAGUCUGUGUACCCCAGUAAGGCAAACAUUUUCUAGCAAUUUGGUAUACUCUGGGCAUAUACUAAGGCAUAUAUUUGCUUUUUGGGUUGUUAGAAGAAGGUUGCCAUAUGGAAGGCAGGUUUUAAGACUUAAUUGUGACAAGAGCAGGUACAGAAAUAUCUAUUAGAAAAAUGAAUAAUGGAUCUCUGGAUGCAGCUGAGAAGACUGGUAAAAUUUAGCCAAUUACUGUCUUCUGAUCAGUCAAAAUAAUUUAGUAUAAAAGCGCCUCUACACAUAAUGGGGCUGGAGGCUGCCCUUUCAUUUGAUGCACAUGCUCCAUUCUAGUUUCUGCAAGUGGGACAAUGUAUUUAACCCUUUCAAAGAAUGGGAUUUGGCUCAUCUGAUUAGCUAAAAAUGGAGAUCAACUUGCUCUAAACACCUGACCAAGGCUAUUUCUAAGUGACAGACUGCACUUAGGAGAACAUCCUACCCUUUGAUUCUUAAGAUUUAUCAGGGGUUCUGUGGGAUAUUGGCUUCUGCUUUCAACUAAUAUGACUAACCAUUAAGCUAGUUUAGCAUCUCUUCAAGCUUAUGAAUCCUGAAUUUACUAAGGUUUCUUUUCUGUGGGGUUUCCCUUACACUAGGCACAACAUGACAACAUUAAUUGGCUUUUUUAAUGGGACAGGAGAAACUAAAAAGAGGACCAUAGUGACUCCUGAGCUAUUGACAGAUGAGGCUCUAUUGGUGAUGGUAUUGAUCUACCUUUGGGCCUCUGGUCUCUUGAUCUAGUUUUUCUUCAGCUGUGAGGCUGAAGGUUGGCAUGACAUCAAGGCAGACUUAGUCAAUCAAUACCAAAUGUUUAACAUUUCUGGUUGUAUCCUUAGGCUUCCUAGUAAGUGAACUCCAGGUUAGCAUUUUUGCAAGGAGAAAGCCUAACAAAAUUUUAUGAGUGGGGAGAAAGUAGUCAAACACAAAUAAUAAAACUAUCUCAGGGAAGAAAAAGAAAAUUAUCUUCAUUUUAUUUUUUUAUUUUUUACAAUUCCCCACCAUUUAAUUAUAUUUUAUCUCUGAUCAGUUCUGCCUAAGUCAGCUUCCUAUUGAAGUGUAUAAUGAACUCUGAUUUCAACUCUAAAUUGCUCUUCCCUAGUUUGUGGAUGAAUUUUUGAGCUUCUUAAACUUUGCCUUAGGCCACUGGAGGUGAGAACUACAAAAGAGAAGCAAUAGAAUCCAGUACUCCACAAGCACAACACCUGCCUCCUUAUGAGUUUUUCUGGUGUCUUAGACCUUGUUUUGUUGGCUUCUAUAGUGAUCUACAUUUCUUCUUUUCUAAAUGUUCCUCUAGGCUCUCCUUUGCCCUCUGUCCUUUCCUCUUUUUGCUCUAAUCAAACUGUUCUUAGUGUCUUUAAUCAUUGUGUCUAUUCUUAUGAUUCCUAAAUUUACCAUUUUAAGCUUUGAACUUACUUGGAAACAGCAUGGUAGAGUAUAAUGAAACUUAGUGUCUAGAGGCAGAAGACUUGGGUCCUAGACUUGGAUUUUAGACUUGGGUUUAAGAGGUUUCUGAGUAGUAUAUUGGCUAGAACCUUGUGCUUGGAGUCAGGAAGACCUGAGUUCAAGUCCUACCCUACUAAUUAGCUUUGUGAUCCUGAGCAAUUCACUUAACCUCUGUUUCUUCAACUUUAAAAUGGAUAUAACAAAGAAUACCUGACCUCUCAAGAUUGUUGUGAAGAUCAAUGAAAUAUCUGUAAAGUGCUUACUUAAUACAGUGCCUGGUAAAAAUUUUUUUUUUCCUUUUUGCCUCCCUACCUGGCUCUGAUGCUUAUUACCUGGAAAGGGACUUUAAUGAUCUAGCUCAUUUCAUUUCACACAGGCUGUACUCCUUUGGGCAUCAUGCCCCAUGCCAGGACUUCUCUCCACCUCCCACCCCACCCAAGCUUCCAUUUUUGUGUUGUCUUUCCCAUUAGAGUAAAAGCUCCUUGAGUGCAGGAACUGUCCUUUUUUUUUUAAACCAUUACCUUCUAUCUUAGAAUCAAUACUUCAUGGUUCCAAGGCAGAAGAGGCAAAGGCUAUGUAAUGGGGGGUUAAGUGACUUGCCCAGCUGUGUAAACAGCUAGGAAAUAAUUGAGGCCAGAUUUGAACCCAGGUGUUCUUGUCUCUAGGCCUGGCUCAUGAUCCACUGAGCCACAUAGCUGCUCCAAAAACUGUUAUUCUUUUUCAUAUUUAUAUGCUUAGCACUUAGCACAGUGCUAGCUGUGGUAGCAAAGUAGGAAUGUUAUAAAUGUUCAUUGACUAUUCUCUCAUUUCCUUUCUUCUACCUCUGAUACUUGUAUACUUCUUUGAUGUCAUGUUCAUUAUCACUUCUGUUGCUUCUGGUCAUAUUCUCAUUGCAACCCAUCUUUCAAAUCCCAUUUCAAAUCUUAUUCUUUUGUGAAAUCAUACUUGACUCAUGUAAACCCUCACUGAUUUUUCUUCUCCAAUGGAUGAGCUCCUGUAGUAAUUUCAGCAUGGUAUAUGAAUUAGCAAUUUAAUACUGUUUUUUGUUGUCAUCUUAUCUCUCCUGAAUUGUAGAGUAGGGAUGACUUGGAAUCCUGAUUUUGGAAGCUACUGCAAAGGUCAUUUAGUCUAACUGAAAAGGUCAAUGAUUUUACCUACUCUACCUCACAGUCCUCCUAGACUAGAGAAGAGUAUUUUUUGUUAAAGUUUAGAGUUAUAGUUUAUGCUAGUUUGACAACAGAAAGUGAAGGAUGCAUUUGCUCCUCCUGUUUCCCUUUGUCUUCAUACUUGGUACCUAGGGUUCACUCAUUAAGAUGCCUCAGGGGAAUAGUCAUAAAGUGAAAGAGGUAUCAUCUCAAGGGGGAAAAGGAUGAAGUCUCAGGAAGUUGGUAUUAUUGUCCCAUCUCUCCUCCAACCCCAAGUCUCUGUGGAGCAUGAUUUCUAUUAGUCAAACUUUCAGUAGAUUAAUUUAUAAACCAGAAUACCAAGUCAUCAAUUUGCUAGAUAGUUUAUCUUUCAAACUCAAAGGUCCACUUAAGGAACCUAUAUAUGAUACAUAUAGUCCAGGAAAAUAGGAAAGUAUUAUAUUGUGGUUUUGCUCCUGAAACAAGCUAGAUCACUGCUCCUUCUUGCAGAAGGGCAAAUUUAGGUCAAAGAUAAAUGUCUUCAUUAAUCAGCAGUAAAAUACAUCGCUACCACAUGCCUUUUUAUCUCGUUCAACGGACGUACAGAACAAAAUGUCAACCCGAGUUACUUCACAAAACCUGCAAGUGUAUUUACAGAGUGAAUAAGUUACAUAGAUCACAUCUGAAUAAAAGUGUUUCUGAUGUGCAACUGGUUUACACGCCCACAUUUUAACACUGGACAGCAUUAAUUAUGAGGGGGGAACUUAUAAGAAUGGGUUUAUAUAUAUAUAUUACAAAUAAAAUAUCUAAGAAAUUUAAAGUGAGGACUUGCACUUCAACUUGAUAGUUCUAUAUUCUGUUAUCCAAGGGGACAUUAAAUUAAAAUAUGCAUGCGUGACAGGUUAGAAGAUAGACUGUUAAUGUGUAUGAAUUUAACUUUGUUCUACAAAAUGUCAAAGUUAAUUCAAAUUAACAACCAUUUUUUUUUCAUUUGUAGUAUAAAUAUGUUCAUAAAAGCAACCCUCUAGGAAAAAGCAGCCAAGAUCCUUAAAAAAAAUCUACCUAUACCAUUUCUGGUACUUGGGUCCUAAUAACAGACCUCCGCAAAGCAAUCCAGUACCUUCAGAGACAGUAGCCUGGCAACAUUAAGAAAUGUACUUCAUAGCAGCUCAUUUUAGAUACAGUAAUCGUUUUCAAAUUACAGUGUAUAUUAAAUUGUAGUCCAUUUACAGUUUGUUUUCAUAUACACAGGCGCUCAGCUUUUGACCGACUCUCAGUUUCCAGUGGCCAGCUUCAUUCUGCCUGCCCCUUUUUCCUUCCCCUCCCCCCAGAAAAUGAAAAAAAAAAAGAAAAAUAUAGGGAAA